AUUUCUGCUUAUUGAAAUCCUUUGAAUUUCCUUGUUUGCGGAUGUUGCACUCAGUUGACGCUGCUUGAGACUACGGUCCGCUAGCACAAGCGUCCAUCAACUCCGCCUCUCCCAUGCACCUGUUGACAGCAACUUUGCAGACCUAACCUUAGUCGAGUCAAUGUAAGACUGUGUACCGAUGCUGAAAAUGCCAAGGCCUUGCCAGGUGGGGCCUGAUCCAGGCUUUUCUAGUUACGGCGCCACAUCAAGUAUUGUCAGCAAGCCACCAAGAGGGUGGCUGCAUUCGGACAAACAGAUUUCUGAUGAGGGAAUAACAUAUGCAGUCAGGUAUAUUGGAUACUUGGCGGUAAACACAUCCAUGAAAGCUUUGGACUUCGACACAAGGUCUCAGGUGGCAAAGGAAUGUAUCAAUCGUGUCUGUGAAGCAGCUAGUCUUAAAACUGUGGAUAAAAAAAGAAAGGUGGAUAAAAGAGUCUUGAGAGCUAUCGGCGAACGGCCAGUAAUGGAUGAUGCUGGGACAAAUGUCAAUUUGACUAUAUCAAGCUCACAUCUUGUAUUAACAGCUCUAGAAACUGGUCGAGUCUUAGCCAAUCACAGCAUGCCUCAUAUAUCAUUUGCAUCUGGCGGUGACCCUGACACAUUGGAUUUUGUUGCCUAUGUUGCAAAAGAUGAGCAUGAUGUUCGAGCUUGUUAUGUUCUUGAAUGUGGAGGUGGGCUAGCCCAGGAUGUCAUCACCACUGUUGGUCAAGCCUUUGAGCUGCGCUACAAAGAAUAUUUAACAAGACCAGGAAGUGCUACACUAAUGUCCAGAGGUGAUGAUCGAGAGUACUAUAAUGAUCUACCUGGGAAAGUUCCUCCUGAUAUUGGACCACCACCUGUACCUCCAUUGCCAAGCAUACAUAAUGCACCCUCUACCACAGCAAUAGGGAGUCUCUGUCGAGCAGAAAUUUCAGCUCCAAAUUUGAUUGACCUGAACAUUGAAGUUCCUCCUCCGCCCAUGCCAAGACCUGAACAUAAUUAUGUGAAUGAUAUAGUUAUGUCUGAGGCCAGAGACAGGUUGAAUUCUGUGCAACCUCGUGAUAUUUUUGAUAUGCAACCAUUUAAUACCGCAGUUGAAAGUGCCAGUGCUCGGGUGUCUAAUCAGAGAGGACAGUUGCUUAGUGAGAUAUGGUUCCAUGGAUUUGUCAGCCGUCAAGAUGCUGAGGCUCUUUUGACAAGGGAUGGAGAUUUCCUUGUUCGUGAAUCUCAGGGCUCUGCUGGGCAGUUUGUACUCACAGGACUACAGGGAGGCGUGAAGAAGCAUCUUCUCUUAAUAGAUCCUGAAGGAGUUGUUCGUACAAAGGACAGAAUGUUUGAAAGUGUAAGCCACCUAAUAAAUUACCACUGUGAAAAUCAGCUUCCCAUCAUAUCUGCUGAAAGCGCGCUUGUGCUCAGAAGACCAGUGCCACGUCCAGGCGUUAGUAUUAUGAGGUAAAUGGAUAAUGGUGGAUAUUGCUUUGCCCUCCUUUUUCUCCUUGUUUUGUACUGCAUUAAAGCAUUUUUAAUGAAACAUUUUAUGCAAUGAAUGAAUUUGUGAUAUUUACUACAUUGCAUUAGUUAUGUUUUUGUUUUUCCAUUUUAGAUGUCAUGUUAGUUUUAAAUGGAUAUUCAUGAAUUUUUUAAGAUGUAAUCUUGUUUUUAAGUGUCAGUGUCUUAGUUCUGCUCUUUUGAGGAUAUUGAGUAUUAUUUUAUGCUUAGUGAAAUUCAUUCACUCAAAGUGCCUUUUGUUGACUUGAAUUUUUCAACAUUUUAUUCAAUUUAGAUGUGUUGCCAUAAUCAUAUAUACUAAUGACUAUUUUCAUAUAAUUUUAUCUCGUGACUGUUGUAUCAAACAUGAAUGAACAAAUGAUGUACUUGUAUUUGUGCAUAGAAAUAUUUCUUUGUGAAUCAAAGGAAACACCCAUUGUUACUACAAACAAUAUCUACUUUAGAUACCCAAUGUAGGACGAUGUGUGAUGCUUUUGCUGGAGAAAGAUGAAAAAGGGAGGAAGUGGUUAUGUGCCUUUGCUGAUUUUAGUACCAAGCUCAUGGGCUGUGCUCAAAUGCCACGACUGCCUCUUUGCAUUUAUUUUUUGGUAAGAUGCUUAGUCAAUCUUAAGUCAUUAAUAUCAUUGCAUAUUGACCUUGGUCGCAAAGUCAAGUCACAUGACUGAGACUAAAUCUAGGCAAUUUUCUUGUAAGCACCCUCUCGUAUAUUUUCAAAGGCCAAAAAGUUGUAAUCACUUAACAUGGUUAUUCAAUAUAAUCCUUGUGUAUUUGACCA